AUGAUAGUUGUUGCGUAUACAUACGGCACAGACCGAUCACCGAACCCGACUUGAGCCCUAAACGCAUACAGGAAUGGGGCCUAGGUCUCUGUUUGCUGGAGAAUGGCACGUUGGAGUGGCUUUGAUGCUGUCUAUCAUCCUCAAAGCACAGAUCUGAGAGACGCUUGCUUUAAACACUUCGAUAAAGACAGGGAUGACGUCUUAAACGAAGAUGAGUUCCACACACUUUGCAGCGAUCUCUUCGUGGUGGACGGGAGGUCCAACGUUGUCUCCAAGUACGAGUCCAUGGCUAUGAUGGAUUUCUUGAGCUGUAGUAAGAAAGGAGUAAUAAACAAGGAUGACUUUGAGAUCUGCUGGGAGAACUGGUUUAAUCAGAUAUUGUGUCCCAAAUCGGCCCUUGUUGUGAUAGAUGUUCAGAAUGACUUCGUGGAUGGUUCUAUGGAUCUGAAGUGCUGCCCAGCUUGCCAAGAUGGCGCAGAGGUUUUACCUGUCAUUAAUAAACUCGUGGAUUUGAAAUUUGACGUUGUCGUUUACACAAAAGACGAUCAUCCAACAACUCACUUGUCAUUCUUCGACAACUUGAGCCUGAGGAAACUUCAUUCGUCAAGCAAGGUAAAGGCGGAAGAAGCCAAGUUAUACGACCGUGUUGUCUUCGACAUCCCGCCCUUACUCGACCAGAUUCUGUGGCCAGCUCAUUGUGUCCAGGGAACGAAAGGGGCGGACUUACAUCCUGAUCUGAAGAUAGCAGAGAACCAUCUGAUUCACCUGAAAGGUACUAAUCCUGAGGUAGAGAGCUAUUCGAUAUUUAAGGACGAAACCAAACGCAUCAACACCGCAUUGAUGGCUGACUUGACAAAGCGAGACAUCACUGACGUUUACGUCUGUGGUCUGGCUUACGACUUCUGCGUAGGUCAGACUGCUAUGGAUGCUCAGAGUCUUGGCUACCGGACUAUGUUGAUUGAGGACGCGGUCAGGGGCGCUGAUAUAGAGAGGAUCGCUGGUAUGAGGCAGGCAUUGCUGCAGGCUGGUUGCAUCCUGGGCCAAGCACACGAGGUUGCCACGAUGCUUUGUAAGCGGACCAGGCAUCCACAGUGGGGCUUGGUAGCAGCGCGUAACACGGCCCAAGCUGGGACGAAGCAGCUGGGACAGAAUGCCGGAGUCUCGAGUCUAAACACCAAUCGAAACACUAACAGAAACUCAAACACCCUCCGGGCCUCACAAGUAGAAGACACUUAACGCAUCAAACAAUGAUGUACGAUUAAUGGUCCUCGGAAUCCCCCCCCCCCAAAAAAAAAGAAUAUGCAAAUCCAUCACAGCCGUGGUUUACAAAAAAGCAACAAAAUAUAAAAAAAAAACGAGGGAAAAUGUCAAUCCUGAACUGGCCGAAUUCGCCUGUGAAUGUUUCAUUCUCUCAAUGAAUUCAGAACCUUGUUAAAAUUGCACCAAGUGUAUUAUGCUAAGCCUUCCUUCCAAAUGAUGUCACGUAAUGUUUUAAUUGGCCAGAAAUGCAUAUUAUUCACAAUUAAAUUCCCAAAGAUGGGAAAAGAAAUUGAAAUUGAAACAGUUUGGAUAUUAAUUUGCAAAAGUUUAGUCUGAAAUUAAUUUCCCCUUAAAAGGCAUAUGGAAAUACGUUGAUUUGUAUGCGAUUGAGUAGCCUUGCAGUAAGCGGAAACAGAUUGAUUGAAAUUGGUGUAAAUCAGUGAGUGUUAAGUUUUCAUUCGGUCGAGUUUGUCUUGAGAUUAUGUUUAACUGCAAUUUUUUUAUGGUUUCUUGAUCGUUUGUUGUAAAGUAAGUUCAGUUUUAGCUCAUUUUGAAAUGCCAAGGGUGUAUCCAGAUAAACAGUGGUUUGACUUACUUCCACCCCUUUUUGUAUUUUUUAUUUUGCAUGUAGUCAGAUAAGAUUUUUAACCUUUAUUGACAUACAAUUUUAAAUUAUAUGUAUGGUGCUAAUGUUAAUUGUAUUCCAAUCCUUACUGGUUUGUAUGCACAUGUACAUGUAUUGGUAAACUUAAGGUAAGUCUUUUAAUAAGAUACACUACGCAUAAUUUUGGUGUUGAUUUGGUGUUGCAAUCGGUCGGUUUAAAGUUGUUGUUUCACUAAUUGUUUCACUAAUUGGUUGAUUAUAAUCGGCUUUUUUUCAUUUACAUCCAAAUCAAUCUCUCGAAUUAGGUGUUACCUCUAUUUUUGUAAUCAUGUAAUAGAAUAAUGAUCUGUUUUAGUAUACACUGACUUUCCAUUGUUUAACUAACACUUCAAGUGAGUAUUUCUGGAGGUGAUAGCGUGGUUAUUCUUUACAUUUUACCGAUUAAUGAAUGUGUAUAAAUGGUAUUUGUCAAUCACGUUCAGUCAGCUAUAACUUGUCGGUUAGUUGUAUUUAGUGUCUAUAUAAUUUGGUUUUUCUGCUUAGUUAAUCGGUUGUGUUAAGCACUGAGAUAUUUAUUUUGGUCUGCUAUACUGUUGUCAAACUGCUUUACCUUUCAAUUUAACUUGAAAUACAAUCUGUACUAUAAGUAUUGAUCAAAUCGCACUGAAAAAAACCCCCAGUAGUUUGGGAGUUGAUUGGUUUUAUUUGAUUUGGCUAUUAUCCUAGCCCUUCUAUAAGUACGAAUAUUUUGUUAUAUACUUACUUAUACGUCUAAUGAAUGAUCGUUAUUUUUU